AUGGUUGCCUAUGCUUCAGGAUGCAGUGACAGUGACAUUCAGCGUGUGACCAUCUUCAUUGAGGGCAAUAUCUGGCCUGCUUCGUCCUAUUCUUCCUGGAACCCAAGGCAAUUGAUCACACUGGAGAAGGAAACCCAGUGUAAAGCAGAAAAGGAUGUUGGGAGAAACGGCUCCGGAGGAGGGGUGGCAGUGGUGUCUACUACAGUGAGCAUCUCAAGACGGAAAGUGAGCUGGCUAUCAAAUGAGAACAAACAGAAUAACCAGAUCUCCACUAGCUCCUGCCUGCUCCCUGCUCCUGCUGUGUACCCCGUCCUGGAGACAUGCACCUUCAGCUGCGCAGUGCGGGCCUCCAGCCAGGAAGCUGGAGGCAAAAUCCUGAUCCCUGAGCCUGAGCCAGAAAAAGCACCUCAGGGCUCAAGCCUGCAUGCUGAGGACACCCCGGGUGAGGAGCCGUCACUCCUCAGUGGCAGCACAGGGGAGAAGCUACUGCCAACGGCCUCGGCAGAUGUGACCGGGCCCAAGGCCUGGGCAGCGUGUGUGCCCCCCAGAUGCCACGCUGUCUAUGAAGACCAAACCCGAACUACAUCCAGGCCUCUACCCCCAGGGGAGGAUUGCUCCUUCCAAGAAAGAAAGGUGAAAACAGUGAAGAGGCCCAUUUCUCCAGUCCCUGGCAAACAGAAAAAGCCCAGUACCAUGGGCCUGGGUGACCCUGACUCUGUCGGUGCCACCCACAAACCAAUACCUGUAGGCUCGGGCUCGGGGUCCGGGCCGGGCCGCCUUCACCUGGCACACCUCCUCAGUACACUGGCCCAGAGCAACCAAAACGCAGAGCAGAAGAAAGGACUGCCCGAAGUGACCUGCCAAGUUCGAAAAAAGACUCGAACCUUGUAUCGCUCGGACCAGCUGGAGGAGCUGGAGCGAGUAUUCCAAGAGGACCACUACCCGGAUGGGGACAAGCGCCAGGAGAUCGCGCAGACUGUGGGAGUCACUUCCCAGCGCAUCAUGGUAUGGUUCCAGAAUCGCCGGGCAAAGUGGAGAAAAGUGGAGAGACUGAACGGGAAAGAAAAGGAGGAUAAUCUGGCAGUCCCUACCCCUGCCAGCGGUCAGUGCAGCUCCACAGCAGAACUCCCACCUCCUCCCAGGCCCGUGGACACAAAGCCAGACCCUGUCCCUGCGGGACCCCCACUGGAGACCUUCCCGGAGACCCCCAUGCUGCUGACUUCUGACCCGACUCUCGCCACCACUCGGCCCAGCGAUAGGGCACUGAGGGCAAGGGUGACGCCCCCACUCUCCAGCCCCCCACCUAUUCAACGGACCAACCUUCCUUUUCCCUCGGGGCCUGUCCCCACUUCCCAGCUCAUGCCUCUGAGGACAGAUGCGCCCAGCAAGGGCAACAGCCACACAGAUGGGCCUUGUGGUUUAUGGGGAACAAGCCUCACCCCACCACCCACUGGCUCAUACCUGGAAGACUUGGAGUCUCAGGACUGUAAAGGCAGCAGUCAGCUGGGGCCCUUCCCAUUCUCUCAGCCCCCGCAGAGCCAGCUCUUCCCAACCCCUCCGGCCCAGUUUCCAUACCUCCCCCCCUUUCCUUUCCCCUUCCUCACACCCAAUUCACUGGCCUUCCCGCCGCCACCACCACCGCUGCCACCCGAAGACUCUCUCUUUUCCUUUCCUUGUGGUCCCAGUGGGGGCCCGCCGCAGGGCUACUUCCCAGGCCCCCCAUCAGGGCAGAUCUUGCUGCCACCACCGCCACCUGUUGGAAAUACAGGUGCAGCGCCUUGGAAUGACCCCUGCUUUCCAGACAUGCCCUUCUCUGGCUUGUCUUGCCCACCUGCUCUGGGAUACCCUCCUGGAGGGAAUGGCUUCCUUCCUGAUCUAUUCCUCGCUCCCUGUGCUCAGACCAUGAGUACACAUCCUUCUUCAGGCCUUAAUGGGUUGCCCGAAGAAGCCAGACCAGAACCAGGGCCUUCGAUCAGCAAGGCCCACAUGAAGCAGCCUCCCCCUGCCCUGGACCAGCCAGUACCUGGAGAGGCAGCCCUGGGAAGAAGUCCUCCUAUUCUUCUUAAACCAUAUUGUAAUCCAAAACCCAGCCCUGUGCCUGCGUCCGACCUGGGAAGUAGCCCUGCGGCGGGCCCCCACUGGGACCACAAGGAAAGGAAAAGAGAGAGUCUUCGGGUGGCAGCGGUGGUGGUGGCGGCGGGAAGGCCAGUGAAUUGGAUGGCGAUCUACUGCUGGUUUCCUUAUGGUCCCUACAAUAGUCUGGUAGUUUACAGCAGGUGUUUGAUGGAGGAACAAUGUGGAAUCGGAAUCUAUAAGGGAGAGAAGUAUUGGAUGUUGGUAGUGGGCUUAUUUGGCAUCGGAAACAAUGGUGAAGUCAGGACCAGCAGAGCAUGA